ACGUUACAACUUGCCGUUUGAGUAUUACGUUAAAAGUUGACAUUUUAAUAUUUUUUUCUGAAUGUGCAAAAUAUUCAUUGUACAGAGUAAUGGUCAGCCAAUGUGGAUUAUAAAUUGUCAUUUAAACCUUUUCUUUCUGUCCUAAAAUACCUUUUUAAAAAAUUGGUGCACAAGGAAGUGUCCAGUAAAUUAUGGAGACAUAUAAGUAGUGGUCGAGUCGCUGUCAAAAUUCUUCAAUGAGAGUAACAUUAGAAAUUAUUAACAAUACUGGAAUUAGUGUACCGAUUUUGAGACUAUAAAACACAAUGGCUUAUGCUUAUCCAGAAGAUGAGAUGGCCACAAAUCAUCAUGAUAAUGAUUCAGAUGAUAAUACUGAACCAUCCAGGAUGAACCAUGUUGCCAACAUUGGUAGUGCAAACUGUGACACUGAAGAGGGGAUGGGCGUGAUUGCUGACAAAUAUGGUUUCUUUGGAGGACCCUAUUACACAGACCCAGAGAUAAGUCUUUCAAAGGUGGAUUCUGCAACCAUAAGAUAUCGUGAGGUAAAAUGGAUUGACAUGUUUGCAGACUGGGAGAAAUGGAUGUCUAAAAGAUUUGACAAGGUUAAAGGUCGAUGUCGGAAAGGCAUUCCAUCAGCAGUGAGAUCCCGUGCAUGGCAGUAUUUAUGUGGUGCUCAAGUAGUUCUGGAAAACAAUCCAGGCAGAUUUGAGGAAUAUUUAAGACAGACUGGUGAUCCGGUUAAUAUUGAAGCAAUAAAGAAGGAUGUGACUCGACAAUAUCCACAACAUGAGAUGUUUACGCUUGGAGGUUUCGGAAGAGAAGACUUACUGUCUGUGCUCAAGGCAUACUCCAUACACAGUCCGGCAGUGGGCUACAGCCAGGCUCAAGCCCCCAUUGCUGGCGUCCUCCUCAUGAACAUGCCUGCUGAACAGGCCUUCUGGUGCUUCGUUGCCAUCUGUGAUAAAUAUUUGCCAGGCUACUAUGAUCCAACGAUGGAAGGUUUCUUGUUGGAUUGUGAUAUUUAUGAAGGGCUGUUGAAGAAAACAUCACGAAAUAUAUACAAACAUAUAAAAAAGCAUAAAAUAGAGCAUUACAGUUAUAUGAUGAAUUGGUUCCUGUGUGUGUUUUGUCGCAGCCUACCAUGGGAUUGUGUUUUAAGAAUAUGGGACAUGUUUUUAUGUGAAGGUGUGAAAGUGUUAUUCCGUGUUUCAUUAGCGUUGAUGAAGAUGGCAUUGGGGGGCAAACUUAAACAGUGCACAAAUGACGAAUCGACACUGGCACAGCUUGAAAAACUUCAAAAGGGGUUGCUAGAUCCAGAUGUGAUCAUAGAAGAGUCCUUGAAAUUACCACUCACUGAACGAGACUUUGAAAAGGAACAUCACAAACGGUUACGGAAGCGGAGAAGGACAACUGCUGAAGCUGCCCACUGAUCCCACUUUUCCUACGUUUUGGCCUCCGUCCUACUUUUCCUACUUUUUCUUCAAAAUACCUAAUGUUUCCUACGUUUUCUUCAAAAUACCUAAUAUUUCCUCUUUUUUUUUUCUUUUUUUUUUUAAAUAUUGCCAGGCACAAUUACAAAAAUGCUGAUAAUUUCUAUAAGGGUGCAUACUGCUUGUGUUAUUAUAAAAGUCAACAGUUAUGGGAUAUUUCGUUAUUGCAGCAUAAUAUAUAUCCCAGUUUGGGACACGAUACGAUCUCUGCAUAUUAAACUUACCCCCUCAAAGUCGAUGUAAGAUGAAAUUUAAAUACAAUAUCUAUACUGUACUAUAAACAGUUCCCAAUGAUUCACAGGAAUGGUAAAAUAUGUGUGAUUUUAUGAGCAAAAUGUACAUCAUGUUGCUGACACUAACAUUUCCUCCAUCUUUACUUAGAUUUGGAUCGACAAACAAAUUCCAUAAUGUUAUUAAAUUAUUCGUCUGAAUUUGUGGGACUCAAAUUUUAAUUACUAUAAAAUAUGUGCACACAUUAUUUUCAUACUGGAAAAUAAAUCGGCAUUACAUACAGUGUACAACAAUUUCAAAUAAGUGUAUAAUAUGACUGUUGCGUAAGAUUUUUUAUUAUUUUGGAUAACAAACAUACAGGUACAAACUGAGCAUCAUAUUAAAAAUCUUAAGUAUGUUUUCAUUAAUAUCACUAAAGUUUGGAUUUCACAAAUUCGUUAAUCCACUAACAGGUUGAAUAAUAUUGCUACAUGUGCAGUUUCAGUCCUACUUUUGUUCUACCUUUUCCUUGUAUUUUCUUUCUUUUGUCCUCCCUUUUGUCCUCCAUUUUCUAUAUUUUCCAUCCUACUUUUGAUCUACUGUUUCAUAAAGAGUGUCCUGGACAGCCUAGAGAGUCAAUAAAGAGAAAAGACAUCAAAUAAGGAAAAGGCCUAGCAGUGUACCAGGUUUUAAUACUGUUGCAUAUCAUGGUUUAUCAGGUUUACUUAUAUAUAUAUCUAAUAAAGAUCUCGGCAUAGAUGUCUUCAUCUAGACAGCUCUUACACAUUGUGAAUGCAAAUAUUAUGUUAUGUACUAUUUAGCCAGUGUUCAGAAAUGGAAUACUUUGUAAGUAAAGGAUCUGAAGAUUAAGGUUUCCAAAUAAUAUAUAUUAAAAUGUAGAACAAUAUUUUAUAUGGGUCAGUGACAGUCGAUGGUAUACUGAUUUCUCACUUAUUUUUCUUUAUUUUUUUUAAUGACAUGAUUUUUUUUUUUUUUUAAAUCUAUUUAAUUAUUUUUCAUUAUUAGCAAAGAAGAAGUGGCUUGGAAAUAGUAGUGAUGUUGGACUGGAGGGAUUUUAGGGGUGGGUUUUUUUAUCAUAAGCCUUUUGUGUCUUUUAAUAAAUUUACUUUGUUCAUCCUACUUUAUUAAUUGUGCAGACAAGGACAUUUCCCAGAAAUUGUCACACUUUCUGUUUCUCUAGCAGCUCAUGUGUCAUUAUGAACUGAUCAAAGCAUCAUCUACGAGUUGGUGAUAAAUUGACCAUACUAGUCAUGAAUUGACUUUUAUAUUGACUGAGGGGUGCUAUGAAGUGUUUAAAAGUUUCAGGUGCUUCUGUUUGAUCACUAACGAAUCUGGUGUCACAACGAUUUCAUUCAUACUAUCCACAAAAAACAGAUGUUAUUCACUGACAAGUCCAUGUGCACUUAUUUUUGUAUGACAAAUUCUAUUACAGAAUUGAUAAAUUUUGUGCACUAUUUUUAAGUAUGUGAUUCAUAAAAUGGUUUGUGCUUCUGUACAUCAUGUAGAGUUUAUAAGACCAAUAAUUUUUUUAAUUUUUUUUUUAAUAAACAUGCUAUCAAAUAUUUGCAUCUAUUAUCAGAUAACAUGGACAUACCCAAAUAUAAGCAGAAAAGCUGAAAAAAUUAAAUAUUCAAAAAGCAAGGUAUGGAUAAAACAAAAUACAAAAAUUUAUAUUUUGCUUGACUGACUACAUAAUUUUCAUUUAUGACAAACUGUAAUGUACCGUAUAUUGCCAUGUAUUAGCCGAAUCGUUGGAUAAGCCAACCUCAUAGUUUGACCCUAAAUAUCAAGUACAAAAUCAUUGGUCUCGUGUCUAAGACCGGGUCAUCUUUUGUCCAGUUGGAUAUUGUACUGAUUUCUAUAAUACGGUUAUACCUUUUCUUUUUAAUAAAUGUUUUUCUUUCUUUAAGUAUUACAAGCACAGUAAUCAUAAUCGCGGUGUUAAUGUCUUACCAGUUACAUGCAGUGCAAAAUAAUUUGCACCCAUAAAUUAUAACAAGAAAAUAAACAAUUCAAUCAAUAACAAUAGAUCACUGCAUGAACACAAGUAAUUAAAUUAUUUACUGGACAGCAGAAAUUAAAGAGAAUAAAUCAUUGAGUAGUCCCGGUGUUCCCCAUCUAUAGAACUAGCCACAUCACAUGUCGUGGUCAUGUAACAAUUGUAAGAUUAAUGGAAGAGUUCAGAUGCAAAAACAUUUCAGUAAUUUUCUGCAAAAGAGAGGGGUUUUUUGGUUAUGCUUUCUAUGUAAAAAAAUAUCAAGUCUACAAUGGGCGAUCUUUGAAAUAAGUAAAGUAAAUAAAGGACAGAAUUUAAAAAAACCGAGUAUGAAAAUCAGAACAUAACACCUUGAACUGAGUAAUGAUAGUAGAAGUCACUUGUUUGAUAAAAUGGCAUUUAUCGUUUUUUGCACCUGAACUCUUCAUUUAAAAUCAUAAAAUUGAAGUUCUUUUUUUCAAUCAGUAAAGCUAAUAAUGAGCGUAAUUUGUUUGUGGCAUUUACAAUUUGAUGUAUUCUGCCAACUAAACAAUAAUAUUAGAAAUGUAAUAAUCUUUUGAAGAAUUUCUAAACUUAAAAAAAUACCGGCUAAUACACGACAAUAUAUGGUAAUAGAUUAAUGCAGAAAGUGAUAGAAGUCCAGAAUAUCAUGUAACUUCCAGUUGUAAUUAAGUGAACUCGGUUGAUAGGAGGUGAUGGACACUCAAAACAAAAUCCCACUUUGUACGAGAUGAAAUGUACUCAAUAAAAUUCAUUACGGGCCAGUAGAUCUCUUAGGCAUUUUCCUUUAAAUAUAGUUUUAAAAUGCAGCUUCUUUGAUUGUAUGGUGUCAGUGUUGCGACAUGUUCAGAGUGAACCAAAUGACAAGUUCCAGUACAGGUAAUGAAUCCUAGGCAAUGGGCAUUGUGGUAGCUUUUACAAAUACAUGAGAGAGAAAAAACACAAGCAUUUUGCAAGUAUCACGGGUCUGAUUUUACUGAAAUAGUUUGAAACUUAUCAACUCAAAAAAACCCUCAAAACUUAAUAAAAUAAUACGAUACUGGCCAAAUUGCCAAAACAUCUACUGGCCCAUUAAUUAAUUUUGUUGAUGCAUCUUUCCCACUGCUUUGUAAUAAACUAACAUGCUGUAUGAAUUGUAUAUCUUUUGCACAUUAUGUUGCACAAGUUAAUGAUGCACCAAAUACAGCACAAUUAGUGCCACUAAAAAUUAAAUAUUAACAUAAAGUGUGUGUAUGUAUGUGUGUGUGUGUGUGUGUGAGUGGCUUUUCAUGUUGUUUUUUAAUGUGAAUGCUUUUUCUCUCUGUCAAGUUUUUUUUUAGGGAGCCUUUUGUCACUUUAUUUAUACAGCCACACUGAAAUUAUACAGCAGUAUAUAUUUACUUUUUAUUGUCUAUUCAUGUAUACAAUUCAUGCUUGUCCAAUGACAUGUGCUGUCUUUAUAUUAUGGGCAUAACAACCACAAAAGAAAGUUAUUUGAAUAAAAAAAAUUCAUUGUUUUGGAGCGCCUGGCCUAUAGAUAUCUAUCAAUUAUUUAGGGCCUGCAAAGAUAUUAAUCGGCCGAGUUGAAGACAUAUCUUUUAAAACAAAACUGUGGACAUAGUAUGACUACAUUAAAACUGGUCUGGUUGUACAGUGAAACUCCUCUAAACCGGACACACUUGGACCAAGUAAAAAGUCCAGUUUUAAGAGGUAUCUGGUUUACAGAGGUUCACUUCUGAACAGAUAUUUAAAAAGGGACCAUGAAAAACAUCCGGUCCCGUCCGGUUUUGAGAGGUUCCACUGUAGUUAGAUCUUACUGGUCACUGUUUUAUAGAAUCUCUGUUUAUAGAUUUGAACAAAGCCAUUGUUAUAUCUUGUCCAGAUAUGACUGGCAUAUAUAAACAUCUUGACACAUUCCACAGUAUGAUGCAGGGCAUUUCUAGAGUAGGGUGCAACAUUUAAAAGGAACACUAUUCAGGUAUUGGGUGCAAUAUUUAAAAGGACACCUAUAGUUGAUUUUUGUGUAAUAAUAAAACAAGACAUGUUUCACAAUGUUCUGGCUGUAAUAAUACAAAUCCCAGUAAGCCAGAAAUACAUAUACAUUAUUUUCUUAUACAAAAUAAACCACCAUUGUCAAACUGGCUACAAAACGAAACAAAAUAACACUCCAGUGAUUCAUCAUGUUUUGUCCAAUGUUCAGAAACCUAUGCACUGAAAUAAUAAACUGACUGUUUACUUAGUCAGGUUGUCUAUUCUUUCAGUUGUCGUCACCUGUGAUUUCUGUUUGGCAGGUGUGUAUUUGGUAAACUAGAUUACCAGACAUUGCAGUUCUCUGGUAGUGACACCACUGUCAAUGUGUGUUGGUGGUCUGGGUAUGGCUCAUAGUUGACCGAAUUAUUCACGUUAAGCAAUAGUUUUGUCACAAGAGUUGAAAUAUCUUUUUAUCUCGAGCAAACAAGCUAUUAUAUAAUUAUUAUUGGAUUUUUAUCAAAUUAUCAAAAACUCAAUAUAGAAAAUCAUAAGGAGAGAUUAUAAACUGUUUUGUAUGCAUGGAGUUCUGUCAGGUGUUUUCUUUCAGUUGUUUGGUUUGGAUUUGUCAGUGUGAACAAAUUGCACGCAGUUAUCUAUAUUUUUGCUUGUCUUUUUAAAUAUUCAUUUAAAAAAAUACUAUUCCUAGAACAGAAUCAAUAUGCUAGUAUUAUGAAGCCAGCUGUUUGGUGUUGAGAGAUAAUUUAGCUAUUGUUUGCCCUUUCAUGUAUCACAGCAGCUGUUGCUUCUGUUUCGCACUGUGUGCGUAGCUGCUACUGUUUCGUUCAUAAAACUUUAUCAAUUUAUGAAAUCGCACAGCACUGUACUUUUGUCCUGUUGUAAAAAUAUCUUUACUUUUUUUACUUACUGUAAUGCCUUCCAACUAAUCAACUGCUGAAAUGGGUCAGAUAUGGCAAAUAAACUUAAUUCUUUUAAUUAGUAUGGUAUGAAGGAUAAUACAUAAUUAUAUUGGAUUUUUAUUAUUUAUUUUUUGUUAUAAUAAUUUUUAAAAUUUUAUUUUAUUUAUUUAUUUUUAUUUAUUUAUUUUUAUUUUUAUUUAUCUUUUUAUAUAUAUAUAUAUAUAUAUUGAUAAUGAGGAUAUUGAAAUAUCAGUAAUUAUGUUUUUCUAGCAUCAUAAAAACUGUAGAUUUAUUUGGUAUGUGAAGAAAAAUACAACUGGUAUAUAUGUGUGUAGAUUUAUUUGGUAUGUGAAGAAAAAUACAACUGGUAUAUAUAUAUAUAUAUAUAUAUAUAUAUAUAUAUAUAUAUAUAUAUAUAUAUACUAGUAAAUGAAUGAAUGUUUGUUUUGUACAAUAUAAUAUUUAUUUAUUACAUUUAUACUGAUGAAUCUGUGUUGUAUAUUUCAUGUUUCAAAGUUUGUAAAUGACUGUAUCGAUGAUGUACCUAUAGUAGGUAUAAAAUUGUCUGGUUAAAAUUACAGAUGUUAUGCCAAAUAGAACUUGUGCAUUGCAUGGAUCACAAAAUAUAAUUCUGUAUGAAUUUUCUUUUGUAUUUGCCUACAUAUUGAAAGACAAGAUUAUAGUACAAUAAAAAUAUGCUCUUAAAUUUAAAAAAAAAAGAAAAAAAAAGAUAAUAUUUUUAACAAACAGUUUUAUUCUUGAAAAUUAUUUUGUUUUAUUAUUUUCUUAUUUUGCUGAAAAUUAAAAAAAUGUAUAACAUGAAAAGGUCACAAAUAUUAACAAAAAAUAUCUUAAAUCACUUUCACUCUAAAACGUAUUAGUAGAACAAUUGUAACUUAGUAUACUAGUCACAACAAGUUGAGGGUCAGUAUCGACUUUACAUUACUUUUUCAAAAAUUAAAACCAAAUUCAGUGGUGGUGACAUGUAAUAAAAAGUAGGGUUACAGAUCUAAUUGAAGCAUUGCAGACUGCACAUACCUCUGCCUUUUACUCACAGCUUGUAUAGUCGCCAGCAAAUGCAUUAAACAAAAUAUAUAUCAAAAUUGAAAACUGCAUAUUGGGAUGGUAUAAAUUUCAUUGCAAUCUGUCCUCAGAUAACCAUGCCACCAACGCAUAAACUGAGCAUGGUUAAAUGAUGGCGUAUCCAUGAGACAAGUAGUGCAAUGCCUGCAAGUAAGCCAGUCCAUCAACCAGCGGCUGCACUGGAUUUGUUGACAUAGCAUCAAAUAUAGUUUUGUUUCCAUAAACUGUUUACAUAAAAUGUUAUUGUAAUUGAUAGUAAUAAACAAUAUUUAGAUUCGUGACAAGUACAGUAAAUGUUGUGCUUCCAAAAAUUACAUUUUUAUUUAAGUUAUAAAUACCGUAAUAUUAAGUUAACUACAUUAUUUUUACUGCAAAUAUCAAAGACGAAUUCUCAUUGUGUCUGGGAAUGAAACCUUGGACAUUUAGUAGAUAUCUGUACAUUUUAAAGUACAGUAAAAUACAUAAUAUGGAAGGGGGGGGGGGAAGUGUUGAAUCCAUGUACAAAUGUGUAGUGAUUCAUUUGGAACCUCUAUCUAUUUGGUAGUUAUUUAAAUAUGAAAACAAAAUGAUUGUUAUCUAAAUUCUGUAAUUUUUACUUAAUUCGGGCAAACCUCUGCCUGUGCUACUCUUUCUCCUACCCCCCCCCCCCCCCCCACAAACACAAAUGUGAGCCUAUAUACUUAUGUGAUUUUUUGCCAUUGAAAAAAGCAUAUUAUUAAUGAUGUGUUUUAAAUCCACAACAUCCAGACAGUAAAAUGGUUAAUUACAUGGUUUUAACGAACAAAAACUAAAUUGUUAAAAGAUUUGUUUAUGUGUUUUAAACUGGUAAAAUUUUUUAUUAGACAUAAGAAUGAUCAAACAUAUAAUAGGUAUACAUCUACUUAAUAAUAGGAUAUACAUAUAAAAUCAGAAUAAUUUGAUAAUCAAAGUAAACUGGUUUUAGGAUGUAUGAAAAACCGGGUGUAGAAUAUACCAGUAAUGAGCAUAUCACAAAGGAAUUUAUAGUUUUAUCAUGGGAACUGAUCUCAGUUUAGUUUUAAUAUGAAUGAUGGAGUUUUUAACAGCUUGGUAAUAUGUAUGAUUUAUAGCAGUAGAAAAAGACAAUUGUACCGGUAUAUGUUUGGUGAUGUAAAUAUUGUAGUUAAUACAAAUAUUGUAACAGAUUAAAUCAUUUAAUUUAUACUUAGUUGAAAAAUGUAUUAUAUAUCUGGUGAGUUUGAUUGUAGUUAUUACGAAUAUUGUAAUGGGUUUAAUUUAAUAAUAAUUUAAUUUAUAUUCAGUUGAAAAUUAUGUAAUGAUGGAAAAGGUAGCUCUAAUACUGUUCUUGUGGCGUAACAAUUGCCAUGCCAAUAUCACAGUUAUCUCCAGGAGAGUGGCAGUGAACCCCAAUGUUACCUAGAACGGGGGUCUGUGAGAAAGGGUAAAUCCCAGGCUGGGGACUGAGAAAGAAUGAAACCCAGAUAAGGGUCUGUGAAAGAACAAAUCCAAUGCUGCCACUUGUGAAACCUAGGGCAGACGUCUGUGAGACGGAGCAAAACCCAUUGUCACCACAUGUGAUACUUUGUCUCAUUAACAGCAAGGGGUCUUUGUUUUUUGUAGGUUUUUUUAUGCCUGGAGUAGGGGAAAGGUCAGUGAUUCCAAGGACUGUUCACACCUAAGUCAGUGGUGUAAAUACCAUACAUUAUUAGCCAAAGGGUUGUGGCACUCUAAUGGAUGGAUCCACCAAUAUUCGAAGAAUUUUUUUAAUAUAUAAUACACACAUAUAUUUAUUUAUUUUGGGUUUUUUGUUGUUGUUGGGUUUUUUUUGGGGGGGGGUUGUUAAGUUGUUGGGGGUUUAGUUUUUUGGGUGUGGGUGGGGUAAUUUUAGUGGUGGACAAGUGAACCCAACUUUACAAGUUUCGCGAUCAGGUGGAGGCCAAGGCAAUGAUCUGCCAACAUCAUGGUUAUACCAUUGUUUCAGUGAGCGACAUGCCAUGUGGAUAGUAUGGUCACAAGUUUGAGUAUGAUGCAUUGGUUAAUGCAUUUAGUUGCUAGCCGCUGAUAGUCGGAGCUGAGUGUUAUACACAUGUAUAUGUGUUGAAAUUAUCAAUAAAGGUGCUAUGCUUUGUGUCAAAUCUUGUAAGAUAUAAUUAAUAUAUAACAUAUAUACAUGUAAUAUAAUACAGCUAGCAGUAGGUUACAGAACAAAAUAUAUGUAUUGGCUUGGUCAUCAGGUGUGUAUAAUUUGAUAUUUUUCGUUGAAUGGUCUAUUUAGCUGUGUGUCCAUGCUUCAUUAUUUGAAAUUUAGUGUAUCCAAUAUGGGACCAUUUCAGACCUGCUGUUUAUUUUAUUAUUAUGUAUGGUAUGUACAUGUUGAACCAGUAUCACUUAAUAAAGAUGUACGUUUCAUUCAUUGAAUGACACCGAUUAUGUCCAUUAUGUCCAAGUGAGAUUAAAUUAGCCAGUGAAUUGUGAUUGUAGACAUUUAGUUAGAUAGACCAUGUUUUAGAAAGAUAUGUGAUACUAUUUUUGCUAUUUAGUGUUUACUAAAUUAUACCCAGUUGCAAUUUAGGGAGAACAGUAAUAAAUCCUGUAUUCCCACAAAAUGAAAAUUAAAUCAGCUUACAUAUUGUAAUAUUGUUAUUGUCAUCAAUGUAUAGAUAAACAUUCUAAGUGUAUUACUUUUUCUUUCUUUUGAAACUUGUUAGAAGUUUAAAUAUUGUUACAUACUUAUUCAUUCCUUAGUAUUAUUAUUUUUCUUCAGUUUUUUUUUGGAACUGUUACAAAAUACACAGUUCACUAACAGCUAUCAGGGUCCAAGAGUAAAAUAAUGACUAUUAAAUGAGGUAAACGGCAGUUAUUUAUUAAGGGGAGAGGGGAUAUUUUCAUAUAAUAUAUGUACAUGUAUGACAAAACGUACUGUAGUCUUUAAAAUCCAAACAUGAACUGAGCUUAAAUCAUUAAAUAAAAUGUUCAUGCCAUCAGGCACGUGUGCAUGGGGGUUAAAGCCUUUCCUGCUUGAAGCAAUUUUUUUUUUUUUUUUUUUUUUUUUUUUUAAUAAACGUCUUUAUGGGAAACACAACUCGAACCCACUAGACACUUUACUCGCCACAGUUUUAGACACCCCCCCCCCCCCCCCUGCAUAAUAUCCUGCAUACGUGCCUGUCGUAGUGACAGUAGGUGUAGUGUCACUGACACACUUGUUUUAUUUAAAUCUUUUAGUUGUGUAAACAUGUGCAUAUCUAUUAAAAAUGCUGUAUUAAUUUGCAUGUCAUACUUGUUAUACUUGUGAGAGUGGGCAACAUUCCAUUGCCAUUUUAAAUGUAUUCCAUGGCAACACAUUGCUGUUUACAUAUUUUAUGAAUAAAUAUUUGCAAACAAA